AUGGCCGACUACCUCCCUGACUCAGCACAAAAGUCGCUUUCAGUAUCGCAAGUUGAGGAUUUUGGUGUGGAGGAGGCACAGACUCGCCUGUGUAAGGACCAAGUACCUCCUCAAAAGCUGCAAGGACCCCCACUUGCCACUAAAUCUGACAUCACCAAUAUGGUGUCGGAUCUUAAGGCCUUCUUCACCUCGGAACUGGCCGUGUUGAAGGAAGAGCUGAACACUCACAGGUCGGAUACAAGCCGCUGA